GCCAAGCAGCGUGAGGAAGCUGAAUUGGCAAAGCAGGCUGCGGCGGAGGAAGAGGAACGCCAGAAGCUUGAAGCAGCGCUGCGCGAGAGAAAAGAGGCCGACCAGAGGAGGAAGGCCCAGGAGGAGCAGGAUCGCCUUGAGCAGGAACACCAACAACGAGAAGCGGAGCAGCGCCGCAAGGCGCAGAAGGAAGCAGAGCAGAAGCUCAAGAGAGAAGAGGAGCAGCGCCAGAAGCGUGAAGCUGAGAAGCGCAAACAGGAGGAGGAAGAGGCGAAAGCUGAAAAGGAGCGGCUUCGUGAGGAGGAGGAAGCGGCUAUCCGCAAGCAGGAGGACGCAGCGGCGGAAGCGCAGGCGAAGCAAAAGGCUGCGGAAGAACGACGACGAGCAGAGGAAAUGCAGGAAGCUAUGGCGCAACGUGAAGCUGAGAGAUCUCGGCGUGGAGGAAGGGAGAGGAGAUCGCAGGCCAAGGACGAGCAGCACGACAAAGAGCCAGGUGAGCAGCCGCCACAGGCAAAGUCUUUGCGCCAGACGCUCACCCCAUCCCAGCUCCGGCGUCAACAGAGGAAGCGGCAAAAGGAGGCGAGGCGGGCAGCUGAAGCUGAGACAGCUGCCAGAGAGGAGAAUCGCAGCGAGAAGGAUGAGAGCGAGGAAGAACGUGAAGCUGAGAAGCCGAAACCAGCAGAGAGGAAGCCCGCAGAGCGGCAGCCAAAGCAGAGGGAGAGGGUGCAGCCGGAACCAAAGUCGCGCCAGAUGCAGGCCGAGAAGACAUCUUCGGAUGAAAAAGCGGACACGAAGAAAAACAAGGAGGAGGAAACGAAGACACCCGCAAUCGCCAACAGUCCGCCCGCAGAAGAAGUUAAAGCUGCGCCUACUGCUACGAACACCUCAGAGACGCAGGAGGUCGAGAAGCCAGAGAAGCUGGAAACUACAUCGGAUCUGAGGUCCGAUGCAGAGGCCUUCACAGUCUCAGGGUCCAGCCAAGCGUUCGGUCAUCGCAGACGGUCUCAGGAACCUGAUCAGAAUCCGAUGCAAACGAUGAUGCCCAUCACCACGCUGAUGAUUACGCAGAUUCCUGAGCACAUGGAUGCUGAUGCGUUCCGGCGACAGUUGGACACAUGGGGCUUUGUUGGCACUUACAACUUCUUCUACAUGCCCCCCGAUGCGUCUGAGGGCUGGGGCGGCAGAUGUGUCUUUAUCAACUUUGAGGACCCGGGGGUCGCCAGUAUGUGUUUGAGCUACUUCCAGCAGUGUCCAAGCGAGGGUGUGGCCCAGCCUUACAACAUCCAGGGGCUGGAGAACAACAUCGCCCAUUUUAGUCAGUUUGUCGGCUCGGGUGACAUGGUGAACGGCCCGCUGAUCGUUCCCACGCCGACGCCCGCAGCCUGGGCCAUCAAUGGCGCACAGGCAAUGAUGAACAAUCCUUCUGGCAAGUUUUCUCCGCAGAUUCGCGGCCAGUUCCACAAGACCAAGAUGUGUGCUUUCCACAAGAAGAAGAAGUGCACCAUGGGUCAUGGAUGCCCCUUUGCGCACACGAGGGAGGAGCUCAAUGCUCCCCCGGACCUUUCCAAGACAAAGCUGUGUGUCAACUUCUUUAGAAAGAAGUGCAACGAUGCCAACUGCAAGUUUGCACAUGGGCAUGCGGAGUUGCGCGCAACUGGCAGUGUCUACAAGACAGAGCUUUGCAGAGCUUGGGCAACAGGCACCUGCAAGGCUGGCGAUACUUGCCGCUACGCGCAUGGAGUCAAGGAGUUGAGGGGCAACGGCAUGUCGUCCAUGACGGCGAAUGCAAUGGGAUACAUGGGCUACCCCAUGGAGGAGGGCUACAUGACCAUAGAUGGAGUGCAGAUGGGCUGCGAUGUAAUGGGCGGCCUUACUGGUAUCUGGGAAAACGAAGCAGUUGACACCUCAGCGGCUGUUCAGCGGACUGAUGAUGUUGUCAACGUGAUGACACAUGACUCACGGGACGGUCUGGCAGAGUUGGUGGGUUCUUGUGGCAAGGGUGCUCGGCAGGAGACCGACGAGAGCAGCGAAGUAGAUCGUUCGUCGGAUGGCACGUCAGAGCCGUUCAACGAUGCCAUGAGCGACAUGGGCUUCUCAGACACCUCCACGCUUUGCAUGGGGGUGGUUUUGAGAGUCAAGGGCACCUUCAUGGAGUCCCGUCUGUCUUCCUUGACGAGGACCGGCAAAGCCGCCUUCGGUUUGGCCCUUGCGAAGCAGCCGCGCUUGAUACAGGAG